UACGUAUCGAUAAAAAUUUUACGACGACGUUGUACCAUAAUAUUUUUUCCUUUUUCUUUUUUAUUGGAUAAAGAGAGAACUCCUGCUUCUAGCUUCUACCUGAACAGACCGUAGCCAUGUCUGCUCUCUCUCUCUCACCCAAACCCUUUCUUAUCUCUCUCAAAGACAGGUCUCGUCUCUCUCUAACGACACACUUAAAAACCCAGAAAACCUUAUUCUGUAAAUCUAAAAGACUCACCAAAAUCAUCACGGCCAAAUCCGACGGCGGUAACUCAGCAGACACGGGAGACCGGAUUAUAUCUGCAGUCUGCUACUUUUACCCUUUUUUUGACGGAAUCCAGUACGGCAAGUACGUGAUAAACCAGUUCUCUCCUAUUCAAGCUCUUAUCCAACCUUUGGUCCCGGCUAUAAGAGUCUUCAAGAGCUUUCCCCUUAAUGGGUUUUUGGUAUUUCUGACUCUCUACUUUGUUGUUGUGAGAAAUCCCAAUUUUAGUAGAUAUGUGAGGUUCAAUACCAUGCAGGCUAUUGUGCUUGAUGUGCUUCUGAUUUUUCCUGAUUUGUUGGAGAGGAGUUUUAAUCCUAGAGAUGGGUUGGGAUUGGAUUUGUUGAUGAGUUUGGAUAGUACUGUAUUUCUAUACCUUUUGGUUUGUCUGAUUUAUGGGUCUAGUUCUUGUUUGCUGGGUCAGGUUCCUAGGUUGCCCAUUGUUGCUGAAGCUGCUGAUAGGCAAGUUCUUUGAAUUGAACUUCCAAUUUGGGGUUUUGUUUACUGCUGCUUUACUGCAUUUAUAAUUUAUUUUGCCAAAAGAACAAGGUAAUAUUAUUAUAUUUGAGGAUAUAAAUUGAAGUAAUUUUAGUAGUA